AACAUGCAGCUUCUGUCAUUGCAGAUUGUACUUGCUGCAGCAGGCCCAGACUGGUAGAUGCAGCCCUGCUCUUAUCUCUCAGUGAAACUGAUCAACCGACUAUCCUCUGACGUAUCCUGAUGUCAGUGACAUCAACUAUGUCUAUUGGCACACAGCAGUGGGCUUGUUCUGCCAAACUAAUGUGACCUACUGAAAUAGAGACAAGUUCUCCUGAGGCCGAGACAACAGCAGCUGAGGCAGCACCUGCGACCAGGUGUCUGGAGACAAUAGAAAAACAGUCAAUUUGGACACGUUUUGAGUCAUUUCUAAAUCAUUCUAAGUCAGUUUUGACAUGUUUUGGUCUUUUUCUUGUCCGACAUUUUGGACUUUUUUGUUAUUUUGGAUAAAUUUGGAAUAAUUCUGAGAACAUUUUGGAGUUUUAGUAACUUUGAAAGUUUUAGAGGUUCAUCAUUUUAAACAUUUUUGAGUUGUAUUGACUAGUUUUGUGAUAUUUUGGCCAAUUUCUUUUUAAUUUUGCACAGAUUUUGAUUUCACUUCAGAAAGAUUUCAAGUCAAUUUUGACUUUUUUUGUUUUUAUUUUUAUUUUUUUUGGAGUUAUUUAAACUUUGUUGUAAUUUUGGACACAUUCUGAGUCAUGUUUGACAGGAUGGGAUGACUAUUGUGUGGAUUUGAACAGAUUUUUCAGUCAUUUCAGAAUCAUUUUCAAAUACCAAUAUCAGAAUUUUUUACUUCCUAGAUUUGAUAUUGGGCCCCUCAAUGAAUUCACUAUCAAUUGAGCUCUAGUAUGUAAGCAUAAUUCCAGGAGACAGGGUUAUCACCUAGCUGGAGUGAGACUGAGCAGGCACUGCUAUGUUUAGUGCAAUAUGUGCAUUGCUGUGGCAGUCAUUGUAAGGUAUUUUAUACAAUUUUGACACCUGACCAAUUUGGCUACUACUUAUAGAAUAAAGUCUUGCAAGUUUUAUAGGCUCUGUACAUGUGCAUAAAUGCACCCCUGUGCAAUAUCAAACGUAAAACGAUUCAAAAUUGUAUCACAUUGCAAUAUUUGCAUAACCUUGGAAAGUAGGGUUUUUGCUCUCAGCUGCUCUUUGCUGCAGGUGCCGUGUUGCCGUAACUUUUUAUUUACCCCAAAUGGGUUCAAUUGGAGUCAAAUCAGGUGACGUACUUGUCUAGGUCAUAGUUUGAACUUUAUCUUCUGUAGAAACUCCUGUGUGAUUUUUGGCAAUGUGCUUUGGAUCAUUUUCAUGCUUUCAUUUCAUGCUGAGGUGCUUCUGUCAGCCAGUAUUUUGGUCAUAGGCAUUUAUGGUGAAACCAACUGUAAAUGCCAUCUCCCAAGACUUUUUGCACUCAUGCAGCCCAGUAUCAUCACACUCCCAUCUCUGUACUGCACUGCUGGGACUAUGCAUUCACUGUGGUAGGGCUGGCUGGCUAGAUUCAUGCCAGCCAUGCUUCACCCCAUCUGAACCAAAUAAAUUUAUCUUGGACUCAUCUGAUCAAAGAUUGUUAUGUUCAUUGAGCUUGUUUUAAGGCAUUUUAGCAUAGUUUACUUCUGUUUUGUUUUAGUCCAGUUUUGUUCCUGAACAGCAAGCAAUUUCUCUUUUUCUUGGAUGUCACCUAUAGAGGUUGACAUAUUCGGUGUCCAUCACACUGCUGUCACACACUAAUUUCCACAAAUAACUAUUGUGCCAAGUCUUUAACACAUGUCAGUCAUUCUUUCAGAGGUAAAUUGUACAAAUACUGCACUGUCUAUGGCAUUACUUUAGAAGGACAAGCACUGCAACUCUGAUUAGUGGUAUUAUAGCUCAUCCUAUGCCUCCUGAUUACUGCUGCAACUGUGGUUUGAUCAGAUGUUUUCGUUCUAAUGGCAGCUGUUUUUUUUUUUUUUUUUUUUUUUUUUACAUGUGGAGCCAUGAUGCAGACAUGCAGAUAGAUGAAGACCACAGGUGGAAAACUGAGAAAGUUCUGGUGUUCACAGCUCAUUUUAUAGGCCUCAGGCUGGUUCAGAAUCACAGGUGUACUCAGUUUUGUUUCAGUGAUCACAGGUUUUCUAACUUGUAUGCCAGUAAUCACAGGGGUAUUGACUUUUGUUGCACUGAGUUUCUACUUUGGGGCCUCAGUGUUUAGUCUUUCUAAAGUACCUGUUUUUGACUGAUCAGUAGAUGAAGUGCUCUACUUGACUGCUUAGAUAUUAUGCAGAUAUUGAGAGGCAAUGCAAUUGAUUUUGCACAGGAACUCCCUCCUGUUGUGUGCAGGAUGGGAGGUGGGUUGAAGAGAUCUGUUGUAAUGUUAAAAUACGGCCUUAUGUCACAAAAAGAUAAAGACUUUGCACACUCCAGUGUUCUCAUGACUGGAUUGACAAAUUCUCCACCUCAUACAACAAAAAAAGGUUAUCAGUAAGUUUCACUCACCUGAUCUGACUUCCUUGAUCUGCUGCUGUAGAUAAGAAAAUACGGGUAAAUAAAGCUAACAGUUUAAGACUGGGGUAGUAUGAAUAAACUUUGGUACACAUGUGCAGUGAAAACAGUUUUGUUUUAGAGAAAGCACUGUUCAACUGAUUAAACUGUAUUUGUAUAUAGAUACACUGGGCUCAAUUGUUACAUCUUAAAUACCAAUCUGAAUAUAUAAAGCAUUGAUUAGCAAGAUACAUUUAACUUUUUAGUUAGCUAUUAGAACAGUUAUGUAGGGGUGUGUCCUUCUACAAUAGCCUAAUCAAACCAGUUCAGCCCAUAGACUGUAUGGCUAUGGUUCAGCCCCUGUGAGAGGAGGAGAAUUUGACUACUUUCAGUCCUACCAGCAGCCAAUGAGAUAGCUACCACUUCUGGGAUCGUAUACAACACGCUGAACAAUAGAGGAUUUUCUUUCAAAAUAAUCCUCCAGACCCUGCUAAUGCUGUCAGCUCCAGUUUCCCACAUGGAUCUUCUUUAAACCUUUUUUUUUUAUAGCAGUAACAAAUUCUAUCUUUGGUUCAGCGAGCACACAACAGCUACACAGGAAAAGACACUCUGUGCAGUUUUCCUCUAUACAUUGAUACACUUUAAAUUCAUGUUCAGGUUCCUAUUUGGGUUUCAAUAAUGUCUGGCAUCAAAGGAAGAAAGUGCAAAGCUUUAAUGCGAGGGCUGAUUCCCUGGAUUUUACUGCCCAACAUCAUGCUGCUGCUGUACUGCUUGACGAACACGAGCCAAGAGAAAAUGAGGAGCUCCCGAGAAGACACAUGUCCUCUCAGCAUGGCAAGAUUAUUAAAGAAAAGUUCAACAAUGUCCCCUCAAAGUGCAGAAUCCCAGUCACAACUGUGCUCCCCCAGAGUAAACAUCAUGUUCAUGAAGACGCAUAAAACUGCCAGCAGCACCAUCCUCAACGUCCUCUUCAGGUUUGGAGAAAAGCACAAGCUUAAGUUUGCAUUUCCUGAUGGACGCAACGACUUCUUCUACCCAUCGCCCUUCCUAUGCUCCCAGGUGAAGGACUACAGGCCUGGAGAGUGUUUCAACAUCGUCUGUAACCACAUGCGCUUUGACCAUCAGGAAGUAUCUAAGCUCCUGCCUCUGGAUGCCGUAUAUGUCACCAUCCUACGGGACCCAGUGGAUCUCUUCGAGUCCUCCUUCCAUUACUACCACAGAGCAGUUCCCCUCACAUGGAGGCUCAGUGGAGAGAACAAACUGGAGGAGUUUCUAAACAAUCCUCAGGCCUUCUACAGUCCAGAAGCUUAUAACUCAUUCUAUCUUAAAAAUCUGCUCUUUUUCGACUUUGGUUUGGAUAACAACCUUGAAGCUGAUGAUCCUCGUGUAAUGAGAGACAUUCAUAACUUAUCAAAACAUUUUCACCUAGUCCUCAUUGCAGAGUAUUUUGAGGAGUCUCUUAUUCUGCUUAAGGAUUUACUCUGUUGGAGCAUCGACGACAUCCUGUAUUUUAAGCUUAACGCUCGCAGAAGCUCUUCCGUGUCUCGGCUGAAUCCUGAAAUGAAAGCCAAGGCUCUGCAGUGGAACGGAGCCGACUGGAGACUCUACCAGCAUUUUAAUGCUACCUUCUGGGCCAGAGUGGAGGCUUAUGGGAGAGAGAGAAUGAAACGGGAGGUAAACCAGCUGAGGAGAAGAAAUGCUGAGAUGAAGGCUGUCUGUAUUGAAGGUGGAGAAGCUGUUGGAGCCCAAAAGAUUGAGGAUGGGCGUUUCCGGCCCUGGCAGCCGGUUGGAGAGAGUUCCAUCCUGGGUUACAACCUAAAAAAAGAUACUGAUCCCAAGUUCAAGACCAUUUGUGAGAAAAUGGUCACACCUGAAAUAGAAUACUUAUCAAACUUAGGUGUGAGCCUGUGGCUGACCAGACUAUGGGGAUGGUUAAAAGAUACCAUUUACUGAUGACUUACUGCUAUAUUUACGUUUUACUUUUAUUUAAAAAAUGUACUAUAGGGCAAUUUAUACUGGAACAUGUGUUCAUAUUGCCUUCUUCUAACAGAUGUUUUCUGUUUUCAAAAAAGGUUUAAUGAUAAACUCCAAAUGUCAGACCAGAUUUAUCACCUGAACUGAAGCUUUCUUAAGCCUUAUUUGAGCUGUAUGCAUUGCAAUGAGAUAGCUACAUAACCAAAGUUUCAUGUAUUACAGUCAUUUAAUUUUCAUCACUCACAGGAUUGCAGAUGACUUAUAGUUAAUCCAAUUCACUCAGAUAGACAGAGACUUUACUAUGUGAUAAAAAGCUGUGUUUACAUUGUUAUUUUAUGGCUUAGGCUAUAUAUGAACAAUAACAUGCCUCCUUUUUGGUGUAUCUAAAUACUAAGAUUUGCUUCCUCAGUAAGAUUUCAUAGUCAGCAAUUCAGUAAUAUUGUGCAAAGCUUGUUUGUUCCUCCACUGCAAACUCCGAGACUUCUGGCCAAAGUCGUAUGCAUGUUCCAGACCGCAUAGCAUAAUUUUCGUAAGCCCCGGUGCUUUUUGUUGUUGAGCCUACAGCGAUCACACCAGACUAGGAGACAUCAGCGAUAACAGCCCUUUUCAUUGAGACUCUUCCAUUCAUUAAGGCAGGCAGUGUCAGAGCGCCACCUAGAGGUGUGAGACUCAUGCUGUUGUGUGCAGUGCAUUUGAAUGGCUGAGGCCCCUCCUGACCCCACCUCAACGGUUUACACAAGACGUCGUUCACAGUAAUUAUAGCUCGACAUGUGCAUGUGUACGUUUUAUUUUCAGCCCUGGCAGAAGCAAACAGAAGUGGCUUACCUGAUUGUUUGGUUUGAUUAGAAAUGUUCCUUGUCAUUUUCAAAAAGAGAAGGUUAAGCUUAAAUCAGUAAUUCUGACUUUUAGUUACUUUAUGUGAGCGAGUCUUGCAGGGAUAAAGAACCAUCAAAGCCAUUAAAUAACUAUUUAUAUUUAGUUCUACUUUUGAAAUAUGCAUGUCCUCAGAAUCAAUCUGGAGUCGUGGCGCUUUUAGCCUGUGAGGUGAAGAUUUAUUACGUUGUAUAACAUUUGUCAGCAUGUGAAUCAUUCUCUACUUUAAGACGGCUGUAUUGUAGAAAACCAAGGUAUGAGUAUAACUGAAAACUAACAGCCUGGAAGUCAUGUGUCUCAUGUAAAUGUGAUAGUGAUGUGAAUAUUAAUAUAGUAAUUGUCUUUUUGUUAUUUUUGUUGUUGUACGCUGAUGAAUACUUGAAUUUCCCUCAGGACUGAUGAAUCUAUCUAUCUAUUAGUUAUUUAUUAGUUAUUUUUUACUCAUUUGUUAUGUGUGUUUGCCCAUAUUUUGUUAUAAUGUGGCAACAGUGGGCAGCUGGAAGUGCUCCUCAUAUGUUUAUGUGGCAUUUUUGGUCUCAAAUUCAGCAUGGAGCCUUUUCUACUUUUGUGUCUUUCCAUUCUGUACUGUUUAAUAAAGUAGAAGUGCCUCAAAAUGCAUGAAAGACAAAUUCUAAAUGUUGCUCUUGCAAAACAGUAUCUCCAUGCUGAUCCUUUGGAAGUAUGUGGUCAAGAAAUGUUUUUCAUGAUUAUAGAAAUAUCCUAAAAUAUUUUGCCUUUCAUUUAGGUGAGUUCAGAAGAGUUUAAAUAACAAACUGUAACUUUAUUUUUUAACCCUUAUCAAGUUUACAAGUCGUAUUUGUUCUUUUUAUUUCUAGGAAUAUUCCUAG